AUGAGCACCAAGAGCCCUACGAAGAAACCAAAAGAGGCGGCAGUGAAAACAGAGCCCGGAGCAGACCGGGAUGUCAAAGAAGAAGACGGCGACCCGGCGCUUCUAUCGGAUCCAGAAGAGUAUUUGGAAGAUAAUGAGUCGCUCGACAUGAACUUGGCCCUGGGUAACCAGAAAGUGUGGUUGGUCAAGUUGCCCCGGUACUUGGCUGACAAAUGGACCAACCGCGACAAUUUGAACGGCGAAGAGUUGGGGAAAGUGAUGAUCAGACAGAACCAGUCCGCGCUCACAGGAAAGAAGAAGCUAGAGGUCAAGUUGGUGCUUAAUGACACCGCACAGAACUUGGACGAUAUCCCCAAAGAAUACAACUUGUCAAUCUUGAACACGCAGGUGAAGAAUACGUACGUGUUCAGCGAGGAGAACUUGGCCCGGUUCAAACAAGAGGUGACCGAAAUGGGCGAGAUGCCGGACCAGCCCGAGCUCCAAGAUCUCAACAAGGACAACAACGAUUAUAAGCGCAACGAGCGUCCUGACCGCUAUUACCGGGUGCAAAAGAACGGUCUGGAAGAACAGAAGAGUGUUCCGUUCAUCAAGACGAUCCCCAAGAAAACAAAGCUUGUAGGUAAAAUAGUGCACGACUGUCAAAUCAUCCCGCUGAAGGAUGACUCCAAAUACUCUCAGAUGCUAGUGCGUCGCCAGAACAUCUCCAUGGGUAAGGAACGGCCCAAGGUAACGUUCUUGACCGAUAUUCCGGGCGUGGUGCAGUCACAGGCUGGUCCCUCUCUCACCGGUAAGAGCACAUCGAUGUUCUUCAAGUCCAAUCCUGUCAAGAACAAGUCCGAUGGCCGUGCCAUCAGAAUGCCCAAGAAAGACUUGUUGGAUCUUUUGUUCCGGUUGUUUGAGGAAUAUGAGUAUUGGUCCAUCAAGGGGCUCAAGGAGAAGACGCGCCAGCCGGAGACAUAUCUCAAGGAGUCGCUCGAGUCCAUUGCCACACUCAUCAAAAAGGGUCCUUACACCGCCAAGUACAUGCUCAAGCCCGAGUACAGACGUUUGCGGGACGCUGAGAAGGCCGCUCGUCUCGGCUUAGAUGCAAAGGAGACAGAGAACGAGGUUAAAGAAGAGGAAGAUGUGGAAAUGGAGGAUGUUAUCUAA